AUGAAGAAGUCCACGCACUCGAACAAACACUCCAAAACACAGCACGCGGGGCAGGUUGCCGGGGCAACACACGCCAACGGUGGCCACAGCGGCGGUGGCUUGUUCUCGAACCUCAUGAAGUUGACGGGCUCGUCGGGCUCGCAGAGGAUUGCGACCUCGGAUAUUUCGUCUCCGAAGAAGGUGACGCUGCCGUCCAAUCUGGACCUGUCCGGUGCAAAACCCUUGAACAAGCUGAAUACGAUCAACGCGUCCAAUUUACCACAGGUGUCGGGCGAGGUAACACAGGCCCGAUCUGCGUCUGGCGCUGCGUUGUCUUCACCAUCCAAGUAUUCAUAUUCCAAGCGGUCUUCCCAGUGGGCGAGCUCCAAGCAAGCAAACCAUCCAGAACACGACCAGCAGUAUCCCCAGCAUCUUAACCAUCUUUUUGUGCAGCCCCAUCCUCACCACUCGGCUUUGACGCGGCAGAUGACCAACCAAUCAAAUUACUCCGCUUCUUCAUAUACUUCUUUAUCUCUGCUACAUAAAGCCACGGAUAUAGAUGGUACCUUAACCUUGGAGAAGCCCGAGGAUCCCCAAGAGAUUGAAGAACUAUACCAGGAGUUGCUACAGAAAAGAAACAUACCACAAUCCGUUUCUGUCCACGGUCAUCGCGAGCUGAUGAGUUAUGGCAUUGAUAAAAAGUGGCUUAUGGUUAAACAGGAUCUCCAAACGGAAUACAAGAAGAUGAAAAAUAGCAUGCCACCAAGCUCGACCGUAGAGUCGAUAGCGAGUUCUGCUCUAGCAAAAUCCCCUGGCGGAAGCAUAUCGUCCGGGAGCAUCACAAGAUCCAUAUCUCAAAACAGCGCGAAGCCCAUGGCUGUAGCCUACGAGCCUGCACAUCUCUCGCCCGAUCACUACGUGCGGAAGAUUAUAUCGGAUAGAGUGACUGCACAAGAACUAAACGAUUUGUGGAUUUCGUUGAGGACCGAAAGCAUAGACUGGGUGAUUGGUUUUAUCGACGCUCAGGGACAGGUUGCAAUUGCCAAUCGCCUUUUAAAAUUUGUGCAACGUGAGUCUCUAGAUAUUCUACAUGAUUAUGAUGCAUUAGAGAAGGAAAACGCCUACUAUAAGUGUUUGAGAGUCCUUACGAACUUGCGGGAAGGGAUGCAGGAAGCGCUGAAGUCCAAACUAGUGAUCAGCUCUGUGGUGGAGGGUCUAUUAUCCAGUAGGUUGUCCACCAGGAGGGUAGCAACGGAGACUCUAUUGUACAUGCUCUCUGACGACGAGCUCAAAACUGCAGAUACGGGUCAAGAUGCGAUUUUUCCUUUGUUGGUUGCAUUAGACCAAGAAUCAAAGUUUGCUGCAAACAUUCAUCUUCGUGGAAGACUUCAUGAAACUAAUAAACGUAAAUCCUUACCUACUGGGAGAGCAGAUUUCCAUGUGGUCGCCAAACGACUAGAACAAUGGCUAUAUGUCAUUGAAUAUACCUUGGACGGUCGCGGGAGAAUGGGUUCUCUUGUUGGUGCAUCUGAUGACUACAAGGGAGGUGAGAAUACGGUUCUGGAGUACCUUUUGUAUUCCAUGAUACUGCUUAAUUUGCUAUGUUCUAAUCAUCCAGAUGUACAACAGAGGAACCUAUUGAGGUCCCGCUUGAAGAGUUACGGACUAGCUCGAAUAAUCAAGAAAAUGGAGCUGCUCAAGUACCCAGCAUUAGAGAAUGAGGUCCGUAAAUUUGAAGAUGCCACAUUAGAUGACUACAACCUUUUAAUGACUAGUACGACUGUGGAUUCUGCAGUCGAUAUGAAGGAUCCUGCCGCAUUGUGGCAAGACUUUUGGACCCAACACAGAGGAACUGAAGCUGAGGGCCAUCUGUUGUCCUUAUUGCAACAUCUCUUCCUGUGGAGUAGAGCAUUUGCAGAAUACAGAGACCCUGCAGAGAGUAUAAAACAGUUAAAACUAUUGGACGCCUUAGUUACAAACGUUACUUUUUCCUCGAUUGAUACUGAAUCUGGUUUUAAUGGUGCAAUCCAGAGACUAUAUGAUGCAAUGCAGACAGAUGAAGUUGCUCGCAGAGCUAUACUGGAAUCUCGAGAGUUGACCAAAAAAUAUGAAGAAAUUAAAGCAGAGAGAGAUAAUUUGGCAAGUAAGCUCUCCCAGGCUCAAAAUGGUCUAGUUGGACAGCUUCAGAGUGAGGUUGAACAACUCGAACGCAUAUUAGAGAAAAGCAACCGUGUUACAGAUCAAUUGAAAGGGGAACUUCAUGCGCUUAAGAAAAAGCAUCUUUUGGAGAAACAUGAGCACGAAGUUGAACUGCGUAAAAUGUUGACUAUCCUAAACUCCAAACCUCAUGGCGAGAACGGAGGCUCUCCUGAAGUCAAUACAAGUACGCCAUCCCCUUUGAAACCAGAAAAGAAGAUGGCCAUCCAAAAGGCCUUACAGGAUAGAUUACGCCAGACUGAAAAGGACUUGACAAGAGAUUCUAAGAGGCUAAACACAGUUCCAGCGCCAAAUAGAAGAUUGAAAAUGUUAAGAUCUAAAAUGGAUAUUAUUGAGAAGGAAGCUCGGUUAUUGGAAAUGACGAACUUUGCAGACUUUAAGAAAGAGCCAGAGGAAGAAAACGAACCAAAGCUCUUAUCGCCACCAAAGAUUCAGAGAAGUCUCCGCGGUGAGCAAGUAAAAGAAUUGGCAGCUCUUCGUAAGCGUUUGGCCAUCAUUCAACAGGAGAGCAACGAAGUCUCUAAAUUCAACGUGGAAGAGCGUGUCAACGAACUUUUCUACGAAAAGAAGAAUAAAGCCUUGGACAGGCUACGUGAUUUGGAAAAUAAAUACAAGGGAUUUGGAAUUGACUUUAAUGAGGACCCAGAACUAAUGUCCCUGCGGUUGGCCAAUGGAAGCGUUGAUCUAGAUGGCCCUACGAUAGACCUUGAAAGUAGUGCGCCUCUGGACCCUGCGCAUCUAGACGCUAAGAUUGAAGAAAUGACAAAGAUUUUGGAUCGCUUAAACAAAUUAAAGAAGGAUAUUGAUAUGUCUUCAGUAGGUACGUCCACAAGUAAUGAAUCCGCUAGUAUUUCCACGGAGGAACUCGCGGGUAAUAAUUCCUCCCACUCAGAAAUCAGCUGUACCUCUCCACAUUCUCUGUCGAAGCCCUCUAUAUCUUCCACUACUGGAGGUUCAGAUGCUGAAACCGCUGCAGAUGCCGCCGAUGACAUUUCUGAUAAUGAUGAUGAAACAAGUAGCAGCAUGAUUGUCACCGGCGCUGAGGCAAUUAUAUCCAAUGCCAGUUUCUUGGAAACGUUAUCACAGAAAUAUGGUACGGGCAGCCAAUCAGGGGCUGCGUCUGUAUCUUCUUCGGAGCAUAUGCGUGGAGUAGUGAAUGUUAAGCGUCGUACCUCUCAGAAUAGCAUCAACAGCGGGAAUCACAGAAAGUCUUUCGUUAACAGGAUGAAACGAACCAUAACACCAACUUCUUCGAACUUUUUAGAGGAAUUGACGCAGAAAGUCAGCCCUGCUAGGUCGCAAAGCGCCAGAAGCUCGCGUGGCUCUGCUACUACACCACAGAGUAUUAAGUCGGACGCUGCUGAUAUCUUCACUGCAGGACAGGACAAGACUGCCGUUGUUUCUGGAAACUCUGCUAAUGGUAGUGACGCCACAGAACCGUCUGAGAUAUUUGAUGAAAGUCGGAAUGAACCUCUAAAAGAAGGAACCCCCUCGGCACCUAUUAUCGGCACUUCGGCUAUUGGCACUGAUGCGAAAGAUGUACAGGCAGCUCCACCACCACCUCCUCCUCCACCUCCUCCUCCUCCUCCACCUAUACCACCCAUGUUUGCCAAUACCACCAGCUCAACGGAACAGGUUACAGCCUCUAUCCAAGUUGGCGGUGCGGCUCCCCCUCCUCCUCCUCCUCCUCCUCCUCCUCCUCCUCCGCCUCCACCUCCACUACCCAGCUCCCUGACAGGCAAGAGGACGGUGGAUACAUCCGUAGGUACCGAGGAUAUGACGGAGAAUACGGAAUCUUCCUCGGGUACUUUCCCACCUCCACCUCCACCGCUUCCACAACUGGGUCGUUCCAAGACAUACGGUGGUUCACCUUCGCCUUUACUACCUCAAUCGCCAUCCCUGUUUGAAAGAUAUCCUCGUCCGAAGAAGAAGUUGAAGCAGUUGCAUUGGGAGAAGAUUGAUGAUCCUGAUAAUUCUAUCUGGGAGAAUGCCAGAGCGGAGAAGUUUGCCGAUGACCUAUAUGAAAAAGGUGUUCUCUCGGAAUUGGAAAAAGCGUUUGCUGCAAGAGAAAUUAAGUCCUUCAAGGGCCGGAAAAAGGACGAGAAUAACAAAAUUACUUUCUUGUCUAGGGACAUCUCGCAGCAGUUCGGCAUUAAUUUACACAUGUACUCGUCUCUGCCGGUGUCAGCAGUGGUCUCGAAAAUCCUCAAGUGCGAUAAAGAUUUCCUCAGUACCCAGAGCGCAAUUGAGUUCUUGUCCAAACCCGAGAUUGUGGAAGUCUCAACUAAUAUGGCAAGAAGUUUUGCGCCAUACACUACAGAUUGGGAAGGUGUUUCUUCAGUUGAGGAUGCUAAGUCUCCGGAAAAGGAUCCAAGCGAGCUUCAGCGAUCAGACCAGUUAUUCUUGAACCUCAUUGUUAAUCUUCAAAGCUACUGGAGCUCACGCAUGCGUGGUCUCAAGUUAAUCACAACAUAUGAAAAGGAUUACAAUGAUCUGAUUAUCAAGCUCCGGAGCUUGGAUAAGGCCGUAGGAGCGAUACAGAAGUCGGAAAACCUACGCAAUGUGUUCGAUGUGAUCCUUGCAGUCGGUAACUACAUGAAUGACACCUCGAAACAAGCACAGGGGUUCAAGUUGAGUACAUUGCAGAGGCUCACCUUCAUUAAAGACGAGAAAAACAGCAUGACUUUCUUGAACUACGUGGAACGCAUCGUCAGCCAGAAUUAUCCAUCGUUCAACAGCUUUCUCCAGGAACUUGAACCUGUACUUCAGGUGGUCAAGAUCUCCAUCGAACAACUCGCGAACGACUGUAAUGAGUUCUGCUCUACGGUCACCAACGUGGAAAGGUCUCUUGAAAUAGGAAACCUCAGCGACUCAUCCAAGUUCCAUCCCGAUGACCGCGUGCUCGCUAAAGUCCUCCCCAUUCUUCCUGAGGCCCGGAAGAAAGCAAACCUACUCGCGGACGAAGUGCAGCUCUCGCUAAUGGAGUUCGAAAAUCUAAUGCGCAUGUUCGGAGAAGAUGCUGAUGACAAGUUCGCCAAGAACUCGUUCUUCAAGAAAUUCGCAGACUUUAUUCUGGAGUACAAGCGCGCGCAGGAGUUUAACCGCAAGAUCGACGAGGAGGAGCGCGCCUACGAGCGCCGUAAGCUCAUGAUCCAGGAGCAGCAACGCCGUGCAAAGCUCGUCCAAGAGGGUGACGAGACCACCUGCGCCCGCCUCUCGGCCAUUUCGGCGUCCGGCGAUGACCGCGAUGUCAUGGACAAGCUACUGGAAAAGUUGAAGAACGCAGGGCCGUCCAAGGGAGACCCGUCCUCCGCACGCAAGCGUGCACUAGCCCGGAAAAAACUCAUGGGCGGUCGCGAGGGCUCCAUUAUCCUCGAGGGCCUUGACGUUGACGACCUCCAGAGUGCUGCUCCGGAUGUCCAGCCCGACACUCCGCUUCGCGCUGCCUCUGCUUCACCUCCCCCAGACCCCGCCGCAGACCGUGCCCGCCAUCUCUUGCUCGAGCUCAGAAACGGUGAACACCCGGAGUCUCGCAAGUCAAUGCUCGAUGAGCACAAGGAAAAGGUUCGCCAGCGCCGCACCAAGAAACUGAUAGACCAGCGCGAUGUCGCCGCCGCGCCGCAGCCGGAUGCGGCCUCAGACGACCUUGAUACAGAUGAUAAACCCCCGGAGGCAUCCAAGUGA